AUGGAUGCACCGUCUGGGAGCCCGAGGACACCAGGGAGACGGCCGCGGCGGCGUGGAGUCCGCUCACAGGCCCACGAUGUGCCUCCAACGGCAGAAGCCGUAAUUACAAUAGGGGAGGCUGCUCCUGUAGGCAACGGCAUUGCUGCCUCUGCUGAUGCUGGUGGGACAGCAUCUCCUAGCAGCCUCCAGAGGCAGCAAGAGAACUCCCCCUUUUCGUAUUGCCAUUCUGCUGGUGGUGGUGCUGCUGGUUCUGCUGCUGGUAAUGCUGAUGGUAAUGCUGGUGCUCCUCGUGCUGCUACUACAGCAGCAGCCCCCACAACAGCCAAAUGCCCUCAAAAGGCUUUUGAGCGAUGUGGUCUGGAUAUCUGCCGCCGCAAGACAAAGGGAGACAGAAAAUGCGCGAGAAGCAACGGAACGCCCCAAAACUGCUGCAGAGAAAAGACAGCGGAAGAAGACCUUUCAAAUAACAACAGGACCAAAUUACACUUAAACUGUUCGAGGAGACACCAGAGGACAGACGGGUUUGCGCAAGUAACAAGUACAAUGAGUGCCACAACGGGGAUACCUGCAACAGCCACAGAAACAGAAGCCAACACUGUAGCAGCAGGAUCAUCAGACCCUUCCACCCUCACUGCACCAACACCGUCUCCCGCUGCAGGAGCAACGGCAGCACCGCCCGGAAGGGCGGGCGCGCCUGUAGCAGCACCUACGGGAGCACGAGAAACAGAAUCUGCGGCGGCAGAAGAAGCAGCAGAAGCAACAGAAACAGCAGGCGCACAAGACGCAGCAGGAGAAGCGGAAAAAGCAGAAGCAGACGAAGCAGCAGUAGCAGCAGAAGCAACAAGAGACGCAAGAACAACAGGAUCACCAGGAACAACAGGAGCAGUAGUUGGAGGAAGAGAAGCAGCAACAAUAGCAGCAGACUCUGUACCUACUAUACCUUGUGCGCCUGUCGCUUCACUCACCAUGGCAGCUUCUAACAGGAUGGUUGGUAGCCCCAAGUCGCCGCUCGCGCCGCUGCAGCGGGCUGCAACAACCACCGCCACCAGCAGCAGCAGCAGCACCAACAGCAGGAGCGGCCGCAAGGGCAGCAGCGACGCUGCCAGCCCCGGCAGUCGCCUGAGAAGCAGCAGCACCAGCAGCAGCAGCAGCAGCGGGACCGGUCUUGUCAGCAGGAGCCGCAGCAGCAGCAGCAACAACAGCAGCAUAAACUGCAGCAACAGCAGCAGCAGCAGCAACAACAACAACAGCAGCUGCUGCAGCAGCAGCUGCUGCAGCAGCAGCAGCGCGAGUAGGAGGAUGGUGUGUGGGGUGUCUGUAGAGGAGUUGGGUGGAAUGUACCGGGAGUUGACUUGUUCGAUUUGUUUGGAAUUGUUGAGUUUGCCAGUAACUCUGUCUUGCGGCCAUUCUUUCUGUCGCUACUGCAUUGCGCACAGCAAACUGCUUACAAAGAAAUGUCCCCUCUGCCGACGCGCUCUGGGAGACGAGUUCCCGCUCAACACCGUCUUGUGUAACUUGUUGGCUGCCUUCUCGCGCAUGCAGCAGCAGCUCCAGCGCCAGCAGCAACGCCAACAGCAGCAACAGCAGCUCCAUCAGCACACGCAGCAGCAGCAGCAGCAGCAGAAACAGCAACAGCACGCGCUCUCUCCCCUUAGCAGCUCCGUGUUGUCGCAACAUGCAGGUUGUCCCGUUGAUGGGGCUUGGUGGUCACAGCACUGUAUCAAACCUCGUGUUGCUGCCCCGCUGGCGCUGCGGCUGCUGCUGCCUGAAAUAGCUGCAGAAAGCUGUCUCUUUAUGGACGACAUCGUAGCCUCUGUCCUCCACCUAUUUGAUAAACACAAACUUUGGAGGGGACAAAGAUGUAUUAUUAAUAAUACGAUCGAUAUUACUAUUAUUACCAUUAAUGAUAUUGUUAUUAAUAUUAUGAUUAUUGAUAUUAUUAUUUUGAACAUCUGUGGAACUGCAGGUGUUUUUCAUUGGAAGACGCCGAGACAUUCUCACGGGCUGCCUUGGGACCUGGGGAGGCAUCAGCAGUCCCUGCUGCACCUGCCGCAUUCUUCUGUUUCUCUUUCUCACCUUCUCUUCUUCCGAGACCAGAAACGCGGCAGCCUGCAGCUCAUUGACUUGGGCUCCACCAUUGGCACCAUGGCCAAGGUUUCUGGGGUGCAGCCGCUGCGGUCCGGAGAUUUGGUUCACAUUGGGGACCGUGUAGAAGUGUCCGUGGAGAUACACCCCGCUCCUCUGAGGCUGCGAGAGGGGCAGACAGGCAGACACCAGCCAUUAUACAGGAGCACCAGCAGCGGAAACAGCGGCACCACCAGUAGCAACAGCAGCAGCAGCAGCAGCAACAGCAGCGGCGGCAACAACAGCACCAUUAGCAACGGCAGUGCCAAGGUUGAAGAAUGUCCGUAUUUGCUGUCGCAGUGGGACACGGUCCUCAACAAAGUGGUGAGUCCUAUGCUGUCGUACGUGGAUGGGACAAGGGGUGCAACAGCAGGGGGAGCAAGAGCGGCAGCAGGAGCAACAGGAGCAAGAGGAGGAGCAGCAGCACCAGUAGCACCAGCAGCAGUAGCGGCUUGGGAAGGGGGUUGGCUUUGGUGGGAUGCUGCAUCUGCAUCAGCCACUGAGGGUAAUACCAACCAUCGUUGCGGCGAAGGGGAAGAGGCAAGCAGAACGCUCUUGCGUUCUUCCUUCGGAGGCCCUCAGGAACUUCCUCCUAAGCCUACGGCAAGCUCGAGCUGCAGAAACCAGCCUGCAACAGCAGCAGCAGCAGCAGAGGGGGAGGAGGAGGAGGCGGAUCGCAGCUGCGGCGUUCCCCGCAUGGGUGCCUCCUGCAGCACGGGGGAGAGGGCGGCACACAAAUACGCGCCAGGAGUGGGAGGAGGCGACAGGAGCCUCUCUCUCUCUGCUGCACGAGGCUGUGUGGGGAGAGGACCUAAUGAGCCUUUAGAGCCUGUUGAGUCCUUUUUGCUACUGAAGAUAUCGGGUCAAGAAGGCAAAGAAGUGUGGAUAGAUCCAAAGGGUGUCAUCCUGGGCAGAGGGCCGCACACGCACACAAGCGAACUCAAAAAGGUGUCUGUGACAUCGAGUAACGGUUACGUGAGCCGCCAGCACUGUCUCCUUUACUACGACGGCCGCCAGCGGGGGGCCUCCAGCCGCUGGAUGCUUAGGGACCUGAGCACUUUAGGAACUUUUAUUCGCCUUAAGCCCCUCCAACCCUUUCCUUGCUCCCUCAGGCCCCACACGGUGUUCAAAGUCGGGCAGUGCAAGCUUGAGGUCGCCCCUUGGUGUGAUUUGCAGCACCAAACGCGUUCUGUGCCUGCCGACAUAACCCAAACCCUAACCCAAGAACAGCCAGCAGGGACCGUAGGGGGCCCCACAGGGGCCCACAUGGGGGCCCCAUCAAAUGACUAUCCCGCGGGGGAGUCCUUCCCAGGUUCCUCGCCAGGGUCUCUGCUGGGAGGUGCCCUUGUAGGGGAUUCCCUCGGUGCCUCGCAUGGGGUGCAAGAAGGCGGGCACCAAGGCCAACCCGCCCUCCUGACCCCUGCUGUAUUUCAUGCUGCUACGUCACUGCAGGAGAUAGCGAUGGAGCUCCAAGGCCGGGAGCGCCUGAAUCUCGGCGAGGCCCCUGAGAUGCCCCAGAACCUUUUACUUGGGGACCUGGAGGCUGCGGCGGCAACAGCCCCUCCCUACCCUCUUGGGUUGCAUACGGAGAGGGACGCCACAAUUCCCCGUUUGUUCACGAGCUUUCCGGUGUUUGCGCCCUUAGUGAGACCCACAGUAACCGAAGCGGCGCUGCAGCCACAACCUCUACAGGCGCAAGACCUGAUGCAGGUGCGGCUGCUGCCACAAGAGGCUUCCCCGCUGCAGCAUCCGCCCCUACAGUGUUGUGCACAAGUCUCGAGGUAUGAAGUGGAACUUCUAGAGGAAACAGAACAUCGACGAGGGACGGGGGCCCCGCAACAGCAAUCAGCAGUGUGGCAUCCCAGUGCUCCUCAGCAGCAGCACACACCCUCCCUGCUGCAGCCUCUACACUCCCUGCAGCAGCAGCUGCAUCUGCAACAACUGCAGCACCUGCAGCAGCUCCAGCGCCUUCAACAGCAGUUUAAUGAGGCAGCACCUGAGCCAUUGGGAACAGUUGCAGGAAGUUUCAUUGAACGCUCGUAUGACAUAUUUCAACUACCAGGACUGCGUCUGCUCGACGGGGCCCCCGAGGUUCCUUCUGUUAGCGGGAGCAUGGGGCCCCACGACGAGCAUUGCAGACUCCAUCCGCCUCACCUUCCCGCAUCGGAGCACAGCGCUGCUGCUGCUGCUGCUGUGUCCCUUGACACAGUCGGCCACCUUGUUCACUGUCUCACGACGGCACAGCAGCAGCGACAGCUGCAGCAGGGGCAGCAAAUAGCUCCUGGCCUGGGUGCGGUGCAAGAGGAAGUGCGCUGGGCACCUUCUCUCCAGGCUGACCCGGCCGCACUCACCAGCAGUAGGACUGCUGCAGUACCCCGCCACGGUUGGAGAGCCACCCGCCAUGCUAUGCAGGGGCACAUGAAUGAAAUGGCCCCCCAAUGCACUGAAUGGGUUGCAAGACCCAGGCAAGAGCUGACGGCUGCGCCGGACAUUCGCGGCAGAGGCGGAUCGCACUGCAGCACUCGCUGUCGCCGCAUGCAAGCUGUGCAGCAACAAACCGGGGGCUUCGCAUCUGCGGCAGGCGGCUACCGCAGCCUACAUGCAGGCUCAGGUGCUUCGCACACUGUAGCGGAAGGCUGGCCACAGGAGGAUGAGCAGCCACAGGCCUAG